UUAAGCUGUUUUUCUUAUUUGUUUUCGUUACUUUGGUGCUUGACUUCCGCUUCUUACCGGAACACCGUCUACGUUGAAACGACAGCAAAGGCUUCUGGGUAAUGUUGUCCUUAAAAGACGAGUUGGGCUUGACUUUGACUAUGCGACCGGUCAAUAAUGUUGUCAAUUACUGCUCAGAACAGUCCGAGACGUUCUGACGUCAACGAUAUUGACGUCAAACGUAAGUUUUGUCGUGUAAAUAGUGAAACAGUCACUCGUACAUUUUUACACUGCCCUAAAGAACGGACUCUAAUCAAGAAAACACUUCUGAUUCUGGCACUUAAAAAAAACAAAAAAACCCCAACCACCUACAUUCACCGACAGGGGGCACUGUUCUCACUGUGUACUACUUCCAUGGUAACAGAGAGACUCGUCCGUGCGGGACCUCCGUGUGUGGCUCACAGUUUCGUCACUUUAAUUUUGAACAUCUUUAGUUCACAAUGCAGAGAACCGGGAAGUGCCGGGAAAAGACCAGAACAGCGCCACACUGCGGUGUCAUGAUGACACCAAGGCAGGAAAGCAUCAUAGAGGACAAGACGAACGCCAUCAAAAGCGCUCGCGCCUCUGACGCCAAGGUCUCGUGGAUGCAGAAUACACAGCGUCACUUCCUGCGAGAAGAAAUAAACCGACGAAUGAGAGCCGCGCAGGAAGAGCACGAGAACGACGUCGAGCAGAGGAGGAGCAGGUUGAAGCAGCUCCUGAAGCAGGAAGAGGAGCACACGCUGCAGGAGAUGGAGCGGCGAUACGACACGACCGCGGAACGGAAGAAGAAAAUGAUCGCACUCGCGCGACAGCUGAGGGACAAGAGAGAGAAGGAGCGACAGCAGUACAUUUCACAUCAGCUGGAUCGGCAGUUCAGAGUGCACUGUGAGGAACUGCGAGUGGCCGAGUCCAAGCGACGGGACCUGGAGGGGAACCUGCUGCGGGAGGCCCAGCUGAAGACGCAGCAGGAGCUGCAGCAGGAACAGGAGGAGGAGGAGCGCGUGUACCACGAACUGUGGAAGGCGGACGCACGCGCCAAGGAGGAGCGAGAGCGCCAGACCAUGGAGUUACAGAUGCAGAGGCACGCCGAGCAGCAGAGCACCCUCCUCAGGCAGAUAGAGGAAUCGAAGGAGACCAAGCAGAAAAUGAAAGAGCAGAGACUGGAGGAAGCGGCUCGUCUGAAGAAGCUGCAGGAGGAGAACCUCCUGCUGGAUCAGCGCGAGAAGCAGCAGAAGGUCGAGGAGCGGAACACCUUACGCCGGCUGCUGGACCACAGUCUGACGCUGAAGAACGACCGCCUGCGACGGGAGAAGGAGGCGGAGCUGCAGCAAACCAAGGAGUUUCUGGCUCAGGUGCAGCAGGAACUGAUGCAGGACCAAGAGGACGCCAUGAGGAGAAAGUUGGAACUGAAGGCGGAACAAAAGGCGUUCCAUGAGUACUGGCAGAACCACCGCGACAUGGAGGACAAAGAUGAGGCUGAGGUCCAGCGGCUGAUCGACGAGGCUCUGCAGAAGGGCAUGAAGACGGCGGAUGAGAGGAAGCUGCAGCUGCGGCAGGCGCGGGGUCACCUGACCACGGAGGUGUCGGACGGGAGAGGCCUGCAGAUGGUUUUUAAACGUAAGGAGACAAACAAAAAAAAAAAAACAACUAAAAAGUUGACCUUGACCUUGACCUUGACCUCUGAGUGA